GCGACUAAGAUAGUACGAACAAGACAGAAUAACCUAACUUGAACAUCGUUCGCGUGAUGUUUCUCGUUUGACUAUGCGCUCAAAAUUUUUUCGCCGACACUGAUCUACACUGAUCGAAGUCGACAAGAUGCUACAUCUGAGAAAGUACAUAACACUCGUCAUCCGCUCACAACCGUAUUUGUCGCGAUGCAAAGCGACGAGUUGCUUAUUACAGCGUGGAGAUUAUGUUUUCCAAUACGUACAACCCGGGUUGGUCCGGCACGCAUAUUUGCGACCCGAGAGUUACAUCUCGACGUGCAACAGAACAUACAGUACGACGGUUACACAAACAUCGCAGUCUAAUAUUAUUGAUCAGAAAUUAAUGUUAUUCUGUGACGAUGUUAAAAAGGGACAUAUAUCGGCGAGCAAUAUUAAAGAGAUUAUAGAAUUAUAUGAAAAGAACGAUUAUCAGUUACCUCCUGACAUUGGUGUAUUACUGCUUAGAUGCUGCGGCGAUUUGCUUUCCGAUUUGGAAAAUACCGAAAGAAGACAGCUGGCGGAUCAGGUAUGGCGUUUGGCGAAGAAGAACAGUGAAAAAUUGACAUUGGAGUAUUAUAAUACUCUAUUGGAGGUUUACAAAGAAAACUCACAAUCUGUGGAUCCCCAUAAGUUUCUUUGUAACAUGAGUGUAGAGCCAGAUGAAAAUACCUAUCGCCUAUUGUUCAAUAUAGCUACAAAAGUGAAUAACAGUAAAUGUCUAUGGGAUAUCUUGUCUAUGACAAAAGACAAGCACAUAGUCAUCUUUGAAGAAGCAGCAAACACAUUGGUACAAAUUUAUAUAUCUAAUGGUAAUAUUGCCGAGGCUGAGCAAGUGAUAACACUAAUGCAGGAUGCAAAACUUCCUACAACCAAAGCAUAUACUGAAUUAGCAUGCAGAUAUGCGAAACUUGGUGAUAUUCCAAAUUUAGUCAAGAUAUUGAAUGAAGAGCCACAAGACGAUUUAAGUCUUUUAAAGAUAAUAAAAGUUUUGAGUAUAUCCAAUAAUGGUAGGCAUAUCCCAUAUGUCUUGAAUUUUUUAAUAACCUCAGUACCAACGAUCGAGCCCAAAAUUUCUAAACUAAUUAUAGAAUUGAUAAAUGCCGAUCAAAUUAUGGAUGCUCAUACUAUUAUAAAUUGUUUGGCAAAAAAUAAUACAACAAAGGACAUUGCUCCGAUUUUUGUAAAUAGUUUCAUGAACGAAUUAAUCAUAUUAAACACACCGAUUAAUGAUAUUAUAAAAUAUGUGAAUGACUUUAUCGAUUUCGAUUGCAAUCGGCAAGCUUUGCUUGAUACAGCAGAGAUUGGCUUGAAGCUUGGUAGAGAAAAGCUAUGUCUCGCGGCAUUCGAAGCAAUGAAAAUCAAACGAAUGGAAGUACGGCCACAUUACUACUGGCCUUUAUUGAUAAAAGCACAUCAUGAAGAAGGAGAGACUCAAGUAUUUUCACUCAUAAAAUCUAUGAUAGAUGCGAAUGUAGAAGUGGAUUCUGAUACGCUACUUAAUUUUGUAUUUCCAUACAUAAAUACUACGAAUCCGAUUGCCACUUUACAAAAGUUAUUGCAGAUUAAUAUAGCACAUGCUGUUAUUUAUACACCUCUAUUAUCUUUUCUACUAUCUCAAAAUCGAAUACAGGAUCUAGAACUACUGUAUAAAUAUAAUAAACAUAGCAAAGUAUAUUUUAAAGAACUAAUGAAACCUCUGCUGAAUGCUUAUCUUGCUACUAAAGAUUUCAAAAAUUGUAUAAUGUUAUUAACAGCAUUUCCACAAGGUCGCGAUUUUAUUGGUAUCUUCUUGAGAUCAUUGUUAAAAGUCAGUUCGAUUAAGAUAGAGGAUCUAGAGGAAUUGAAGAAACAUAAAGUUAAAAUAUCACAGGAGGAUGCGACUAUUAUUAAAAACAGAUUGCAGGAGAAAGAUAUUUACGUCACGACGAAACAAUUGAAUCUAAUAGACGAUUUGGUUGAUCCUUCCAUGGAAAAUUCGAAAAUGUUUCGUUCAGCAUACUUAAGCCCAAAGGAAUUAUCAUGUGUUUUAAUCGAGAGGAAUUUACAAAAAAGAAAUACUAAAAAUAUUUUACAUAAAUUACUAAUUGGAUAUUGUGAAGAGAAUAAUCUCAAGAAGGCCGAAGAGAUAAAACAAGAAUACGAUGCACGCCAAUACGAGUGGACGCCUGGCAUGAAAUUGACUUUGUUUCAGUUAUAUCUCAAACAUGACAAGUUAAAAGAGGCCGAGGCAUUGUUGUCUGAUCUGCAAGUGCCUAAUAAAUUCCACAUAGAUAAGAGCAAAAUCUUGAUGUAUGUCACUGCAUUGAUAAAAGCGGGUGAAAUUACAAAGGCCUUCAAAGUUAUUAAUACAUUCGAUACUGAUGAUAGACAAAUCAUGCAACAACAGUGUUGUACACUUCUACAAAUUUUAGCACAGAGUCGGCAUCAUGGAUAUACAAGAAAGAUGCUAAACUUGCUUGUGGAGAGAAAAUACUGCAAAAUAAACACAGAACUAUUGAAACCAGUGAUGGCGGAAGCAUUGAAAAACAACAAUAUUCUGGAGACUGUAGAUAUAUUUAAGAAAUGCGCACAAAAGUAUCAUAAGACCCCGUUGGCGUUGGAACUUUUAACAACUUUGUUAAAGCAGAAGGCUACUUCAAACUUGUACAACAUAAAAAACUGUAUAGAACAAGUGUAUGAAACAAUAGUUACUAUCUAUUCCGUUGAUGUAGCGAAUACAUUAUUGGCGAUAGCAUUAGGAAUAUUAAACGAGAAAAAAAAACUGCAAACUUUAUUACAGAAGCACGAACUCUCCAUGGAGACUCUUAUAUACUAUAUCAAAAAUGCAAAAAAUAGUAGUGAUCUAGAUGGUUUAUGGAAUAUUUUUAUAAUAACUAAUACAAAUAAUUUUGAUCGAAAUACAAUGUGUGAAAUGCUACUUUCCACUUACUGUAAAUUUGGAGACCGUGAACGCAUUUUAGAACUGUGGAAAAUAAUGUGCACGAAAAAUAUCGAAUUCAGCGAAUACUUCAAAAAUGAGUUUAUCCAUUAUCUAUCUUUAAAUAAAAUUCCGCUCCCUCCUGAAUUAACUAAAACAUAAAUACAACAAAUGGUGAAAUUAAAUAUAAAAAAAUAAACUAGAGAUAACGAUAAUCCAAAAAUAAAUAGUCCAAUAAUAGAAAUUCUUAAAAUAAAUUUGGUAAUGAAGAUCUAUAUAAUAUAGAUGAGAUUUUUCCCAUUUUGAGAAUUUCUUUCGUCUUAUUCUGUCAUCUUAUCGUUAUUUCGCGUUUAUUUUAUUAUUUCCAAAUAAAUAUUGUUAGUAAAAAAAUAAAGUAUAUCUAAUAAAGAGAUUUUAGAUUUUCCUGGA